CGGACCCGCCUGCUGCCGGCGCUAGCGCACACCGUGAGCCCGGCUCGGAGGGAUGGCGCCUGCUGUUCACUUACAGGAGCUGUAGCUAGCGGACUGAAGAAGGACCCAUACUGGUAACCUCCCAGGCACCAUGGCACCACAUCCAGUGGUCCAGGCCAUAAUUGACCUUUCUGCUGGGGCCAUUGGAGGGACUGCAUGUGUCUUAAGUGGGCAGCCUCUGGAUACUGCGAAAGUCAAGAUGCAGACCUUUCCUGGCCUGUACCGAGGCUUUAUCCACUGCAUACUGUCUACUUAUAAACAAGUGGGUCUGCGGGGCCUCUACCAAGGCACCACCCCUGCUCUGAUGGCCAACAUUGCUGAGAACUCGGUGCUCUUCAUGAGUUAUGGCUUCUGCCAGCAGGUCAUUCGCAUUGCAGCAGGACUACACGGCGACGCUGUGCUGAGUGACUUUCAAAAAGCCUGUGCUGGUUCGGUGGCAUCCAUCUUCUCCUCCCUUGUGCUGUGUCCUACCGAGCUCGUGAAGUGCCGUCUCCAAGCCAUGUAUGAGAUGGAGGCGUCAGGCAAGAUCGCCAACAGCCAAAACACAGUGUGGUCGGUGGUGAAGACUGUGAUGAGGACUGAUGGACCGCUGGGCUUUUUCCAGGGUUUGACCACUACCAUAGCCAGAGAGGUCCCGGGUUACUUCUGCUUCUUUGGUGCCUAUGAGCUCUGCCGCUCCGCCUUCGCCGAUCACAUGAAAUGUGACAAGAAUGACAUAGGUGUUGCUCCGAUUGUGUUCAGUGGGGGUUUUGGAGGAGCAUGCCUGUGGCUGGUUGUCUACCCGAUGGACUGCGUCAAGUCUCGGAUCCAGGUCAUGUCUAUGAUGGGUAAACAGGCGGGAUUCUUCAAAACGUUCAUGGCCAUCACACGCACAGAAGGUGUGCGAGCGCUCUACUCUGGUCUCACUCCCACCAUGGUCCGUACCUUCCCUGCAAACGGUGCACUGUUCCUGGGUUAUGAAGCUAGCCGGAAGAUCAUGAUGAAGCAGUUUGACAGCUAAUCUGUCCGAGUCCUCGGCCCAGAAACAUCGACUACUUGAACCUUAUAGAGAGCACUGAUCCGAGCAAUGGAAGUCUGAGGGGUUUUUCCUAGCCCUGUGUGUAGAAGCUCUGCAUGGGUGGUGGUUCCUUGUGUGUUCUCGUGGUUAACCUACUUGAACCUGCUACACUCCAUUUCUGUUAAGCCUGCAAGACUAUCUUCUAGCUAGAGAGAGCUACCAUCUGUGAAUCUUACCAUAAAUUUGUUCAUUAGUUGUGCGUACAUUGUCUGUGUGGAAAACAAGUUGAUCUCGGAGGAGAUCGUGUUUACGCUGAUGACGCUGAUUUAUCUACAGGACAAUGUUGAGAAACCUUUAACCAGCAUCUGAAUAGCCUGAGAAUUAUUAACACUCCAGUUUAUUGUGAUUCUGUCUACCUCAGCUAAAUUUAAUCUGCACAGAUGAUCCCCUUUCCUCAGGUCAUGUUGGGAUAUGAUAUGAAAUAUAGAAACCUGGUGCCAACACGCUGGUUAUAAAAACACAAAUGUGCCACUCUGAAAGCUUAGUGACCAUCUCUCAUACACAAUCUUAUUAAAUGCCACAUUCAUUUCAGACCCAUUAUAAAAAGGCCCAUUCUUCCAAAUUGUUGUUGUUGAUAUGUUGUAAAUGAUGAAAUUAUUUACAAGAUUGGUAACUCAGAGCUGCCUAGCUCCCUUUUAGCACACGUCUCAGUUUCAGGACAGGUCUUCUACUCGAUACGGGUAGAAGACUCUGACUAAACUGAGUCAAAUCACAGUUUGGAGUCCAGUUUUUAGAUAGCCUAAACUGAGAUGACGUAAAAAGCAGAAUACAGAGAAUAUCGUUGCUGAGCACUGGAGGCUGGUCCUGGUUAGUUCAGCAGCAGAUGCGUCUUCGGAGUCCUUCAACGCCGACACGAGUUACACGCCACAGGAAUGAGGGAACGAGAUAGUUCAGGUUCCUUCGCCAUCACCGUGUUAUGAAGUUAAGAGAGUUGCACUCGUGGUCAAUGGAAGUUUAACCCCAAAAUAACAUCAUUCCCCUCUCGUGUGCAUUCCAGACCACGGGCGACAUACCAGAAGUCAGCAUUUUGACAUGUACUAUUCCAAUCCUCUGAUUAUUAUUAAAAAAAUCCACCUUAUCCACCUUAACACUUCCUUUCCAUUUGCCUUGUUUGUUGUGUGCGCCAUGUUGUGUGUAGGACCAAGAGAAAACACACUGAUGAAGUUGUGAUGUGCACACAGCGUUAGCUAGCAACAGUUAGCAGGCGUGGCUCCAUCGGCACCGGCUCCCGUCUUAAUAUCCUGUUAGUGAUGUGUUGGAUAUCUUAUGAAGACCAUGUGGACAGGUGGAGAAAUGACAUUUACAGCUGGCUGGUCUAUAUUAAAUGUGAUGUUUGAGGAGAAACUCUUUCAUAUGUGUGUUUUUUUUUCUCUCUUUAGUCGUCAUCGGUUGCUAAUGAUGUCCUGGACUGGUUUAUGAUGGUCACAUAAUACAU